CAUGGAAAUAUCUUCUUCUUUUGUUGUAUUUUCAGGUGGAUCAGCCUGUAAUCAUAUCUUAGAUAGCUUUCAUAAGACAGGCGCCAAUCAAGUUAGUUACAUCCUUGGGAUUUCUGACAAUGGUGGAUCCACCAGUGAGCUGUUGCGGGUACUAGGUGGCCCAAGUGUUGGCGAUCUUCGUUCUCGAUUGAUUCGUUUGAUGAACACUUUGGACGAAGACACUUCAAAAGAAAUGAAAGCCAUCAAAGAUCUCUUGAGCUAUCGUUUACCUGCUGAUAAGAAAAAUCAUCAGAAAGUGCGUGAUGAAUGGGCUUUGAUUGUGGAAGGUCGUCAUAGUCUUUGGAAUGACAUUUCUAUUGAAAAGCGAGAAGCUAUCCGUGGCUUUCUGACACUAUUUGAUUUUGAGAUAUUGAAAAGAGCACAUAAACGAUUCAACUUUUGUAACGGAAGUAUUGGCAACUUCUUCUUGACAGGUGCUCGUCUUUUCACUGGAUCGUUAGAAGCAGCCAUCUUUUUGUUUGCUUCCAUCACAGGCAUCACUUCUGCUCCUACGUCAGUUGUACCAGUCAUUAAUACAAACCAAACAGCUACAAUUGCUGCUUCCUUACUAAAUGGAGAGACGCUGGUAGGCCAAUGCGAAAUCUCUCAUCCCUCACCAUACCAACAAAAGAACAAAAAGCAAGGUGCAUGUACUCCCGGUCGAAAACGAAUAAACCCUAUUGAUGCAUUCUCCUUUUUUGAAGAUCCUUUUAAUAUGAUCGAAACAAAGCUAGAUGACGACGACAACGAUAACGAUACCAAUGCCAACUUGUUUUUUUCUAAACAAGUGGACCAAAAGCUUACUUCACCUAUUAAUCGUAUCUAUUACAUCAAUGAAUAUGGACAAGAGAUUUACCCUGUGCCGAAUCCUAAAGUGAUCAGCCAUAUAUCCUCUAAGAAGACACUUGUGUAUUCGAUUGGCUCCCUUUAUACUUCCUUAGUGCCUUGUCUUGUUCUCCGCGGUGUAGGAAACUCUAUUGUCCAAUCGCAAACCUUGAAGCACAAGAUUCUAUUAUUAAACGGCACAAAUGAUCGUGAAACAAGUGACUAUACAGCUCUAGACUUUAUCAAUGCCAUCACCCGUGCGCUGAAUGAAAGUCAAAGGAUUGACGCACGCCGUGCAUUCUAUGAAUCAUGCGAGGAUGACGACGAUCAGGAAGAAGUGCCUGACUAUAUUUCAAGUAGAGCAAGCAGUAUCUCAAGUGCCAUCAUCAAUACCCCACCUUCAUAUUCUUCUCAAUUUUCAAGUAUGACCAUUGGAAGCAUGCCAGCUUCUCCUUCGCAUCGUUACCCACCCUUUCCUAACCAUUCAUUUUACCCGAGUUCACCCUCAUCCUUUAUUACGCAUUUAAUCUACCUUGACAAUAGUGCUAUUCCAGUCGACAUUGAGGCUAUUCAAAGACUCGGUAUUCAAUGUGUCUGCAUGAGGGGUGCUACUUCAGUCACUGGUGAACCCAUUUAUGAUCAAACUUCUGUUACCGAAGCCAUUGAAUCUAUUGUAAAUAACUAAUUAUCCCCCUUUCCUUUUUUUGUACUAUAAUGAUAUCCCGAAAAAAAAGUUUAAUAAACCUCUGUUUCCAUGGUAAUUCUACUCCGC